UAGUCUCAUAGAACCAUUAACAAACGUAUGCAAAGAAAAUAGGAAAUGAAAGGAAGACGUUGCAGGCGCCAUCAACUACGAGUCACAAAACAGGGAACUACUGUGGCACACAUUCCGCGACAUCCUUCUACUGCUUUGGCCGGCCUACGCAGUGAUCUACGAAAAGAUUAGAAGUCGAAGCAAAGGCGAAAUGCAGUCGAACGAAGAGGCAUUGAUCUGCGGCAAAUGCGGUGGAACGGCAGUGGUUCCGAUGCGAACGAAAGGCUGCGCACACAUCGCCUGCUACUGGUGCGUCGCGUCACGAGGGCCUGUAGAAACGCCGCGUUGUGCCUUAUGUGGAAAAGAAGGACAAGCCAUACCUUUACGUGGAAAUGCUCUUCUAUAG